AUGACUUAUGUGAAUACUGUUGUUUUAAUCACUGAUAAAUAUAUACAUUUUAUUAGAACAGAUUUUGUGAAUAGAAAUAAUCGUCCAGCUUAUAUACGAAUACCUUUGUUAGCGAUAGAACGAAUUGAAUUAGGAUUGGAACCAGCUAUAUUUCGAGCAAAACAUUUUGUUUUAAGAUUAUUUUAUCGAGUUCCAGACGAAAGUUCAUGUCAACAGUCUACUUCUGUUUGUUUGAAUUCGUAUCAAACACCUGCUCAAUCAUUUGACUUAAAUUUAUCAUCAUCAUCAUCACCUAUGAAACAAUUUACAUCGUCAACUGGUAUUAAUUCUUUAUUUCUAGUUUUUGCUAUUAAGCUCAUCGAUUAA